AGAAAAAAUCGUUGGCAGCCAACCGAGCCGGGCGACACAAACACCGGGAAGUGCAUUUCACACUUCUUCCUCGUCGUCUUCUUCCCCGUAGCCAACUAUGUGCGCUGCAACGGCGAAGAAGAGAAAAGGCCUCUCGCUUGAGGAGAAGGUGGUGCUCGUGGAGCGAUGGAUCACCGCGCACCCGCAGCCCUACACGAUGAAGGAGCUGCAGCAACUCAUCCCGAAACAGACGCCCGUCAUCUACCAAAGCGUGGAGGAGUGCGUGCUGCUGCUCGUUUCCGAAAACCGAGUUCAACAAGACCGCGUGGGCGUCAGCACGCUGUUUUGGAAGUUUCCCCUGACCGAAGCGCAGAAGCUGAAGCCUUCUACUGGAAAGCACGGAGGGAGUGGCGGCCCUCUGACGUACGCGGAACUGCUGCGGCGCCUCACGUGCGGUGAAGGGGCGCUCUCUUCAGAUGCGGUAGAACGCGCGUGCGCCGUCGUGGCCCCUCGACAGCUGCGAGAGUGGCACACAGCGCUGCAGGCAGAGCAUGCGAAAGUCGACGCCUUCUUGGCAACAGAGCACGCGCGUGUUGGCUUCACAGAGGAGGGACCUCUUCAAAGUGAGCUCGCACAUCGCAGGGACUGGGCAGCGCAGCGAACACGACUGCUCGCGCAGCAGAAAGCGAUGUCCACGUUUCAGAGCCUGCCAGACCUGCUCCGACGGCUUGCCGAGGCCUCCGCGGUGGCGAUGGAGGCCGCAAACCGGUGGACGGACAACUACUACUUGGCUGAGAUGGAGCUGGUGUCGAAGACUGGACAGUCGCAGCGUGACGUGCGGGCAGCGCUGCAAGUUCCACCCGAUAUGGACUUCCUUUCUGAUGAGGAGGACGAAGAAGCGGGGGAGGUGAUAGAGUUCAAGGCUGGCGUGAACAGCAGCACGUUGCCGUACAUCGGUGAGGUUCACGCCAAGGGAACGCAGAGCUGGGCUCCAUCGACAGCAGCACUGCCAGCGGUUGCGGCGGAAGACAGCAGAGCGCAACCGCCACCAAUCGCAACGCAAGCUGCGCCGUCCCCUGCACCCGCGAAGGCUGAAGCUACCCCCGUGAACGCUGCCUCAGUGGUCGAUGUGGAGACGGCCGACAAUGUACGUGAUGGCACGUCUGCGGGUGACAUUCACGCUGGCGCGGCCGACCUGCCCGCCUGGGACACAAAUGCAGCGUCGGUUGAGCACGCAGAGGAGGAGGAGGCGCCAGCAAAAGAAACAGGGAGAACGUCAAAGCCCGCACCAAAGCGGCGCACUACGCGGAAGCGCGCACGUUGA